AUGUCUGACUUCAAUGCCAUUGCCGAGCAGUUCGUCCAAUUCUACUACCAGACUUUUGACACCAACCGCGGUGCUCUUCUGCCGCUCUACCGCGAUGGUUCAAUGCUCACCUUCGAGACCAGCUCGGUCAUGGGUGGUAACGCAAUCGUUGAGAAGCUGAUGACCCUGCCUUUCCAGAAAGUCCGACACGAGCUUGCGACUUUGAACGCACAACCUACCCACGGUGAGGGUAUCAUUGUGCUUGUGACCGGUGCUCUCCUGGUUGAUGAGGAGCAACGUCCCAUGAACUACACCCAGUGCUUCAAGCUCAUGCCUGAGAACGGCAGCUACUACGUCCUGAACGAUGUCUUCCGUCUGGUUCUGGGUUAA